AUGCCGAGCUAUCUUGUGACUGGAGCAAGCAGAGGACUUGGUUAUGGCAUGAUCAAGGUUCUGGCAUCAGAUCCCGUCAACAAAGUUAUCGGACUUGUUCGAGACGCAGCCGCUACUCGAGCUCGCCUAAGCGCCGACAACGUAUCCAAUGUGCAUAUUGUAGCUGCAGACAUCACUGAUGACAAAGCCUUGAGAGAGGCUGCAGAGGAAGCGAAGAGCUUCCUUGGAGACGCAGGAUUAGAUGUCCUGAUCAACAACGCCGCGUACGUGAGCAAAGCCACAGAACUGAAAAACUUUAAAGACUUCGAACAUGAUGUGCCGGCCGUCUUGCAAGAUGCACAGCAGAGCUUCGAGAUUAACGUUGUGGGAGUUCUCAAAACCAUCUAUGCUUUCCUUCCACUGGUCCGAGAAGGCAAAUUGAAGAAGAUUGUAGCAAUAUCGAGUGGUAUGGGAGAUAUCGAAUUCAUAAACAGCCUCAAACUCGCCAACGCAGCUCCUUACGCCGUAAGCAAAGCCGCCUUGACCACCAUGUUUGCAAAAUUCAACGCUGCGUAUCAAGAUGAAGGGCUCUUGUUCUUUACCAUAUGCCCUGGUCUCGUCGACACCGCAGAGGGUGAUGCCACUUGUAUGAUUCAAUCUCGGACGGCCCAAUUAUUCGACAGCCUACUGACUGAUAGUAGUAUCAAGCGAUGA